AUGGCAAAAGCAUUAGCUUCACAAUGGCUAGAAACAAAACAUCGUCUAUGUAUUUGGCAUAUGUACCAAAAUGCUGGUAAGAAGCUCAAUGGUGUGUUUGGAAGGUAUAGUAGCUUUGCAAAAGACUUUAGUAGUUGUGUAUAUGACCACGACGAUGAAGAUGAUUUUUUACAUAGACAAUUUGAGAUAAAGGAGAAAUGGGCUUUCGUUUAUGGGAGUAAAAUAUUUUGUGCUGAUAUGUCUACUACUCAGAGAAGCGAGAGUAUGAACAGUAGGUUGGUUGAUGAUAGACGCUUUGAAGAAUUGAGGGCAGAUUUUAAAGCAACUCAAAGUAGACCAACAUUGGAAUAUCCUGUGGAAAUAUUAAAGCAUGCAGCAAGUGUUUAUACUCCUGCAGUAUUUAAGUUGUUUAGUCAUGAAUUAUGGCUCACAUGGGAUUGUGAAUUGCAUAAGGAUGGUGAGAAUGGAUCUGUGGUUUUAUCUAUUCAAAACUUUAAAAGGGUGCCAAAUCAGUAUAUUUUAAAAAGGUGGUCAAAAGAUGCAAAGGAUGGGUCUGCAAUGAAUAUAUGUGUUGGAAAAUAUGACCAAAAUGGAGAUGUGGGAAGCCGUUAUAGAGCAUUGCUUAAAUUGUAUUCUAAUUUGGCAGCAAGAGCUGCGGUGACUAAUGAGUCUUUUGGUAUUGCUUUGGAUGCUCAUGAAAGUACAUUGAAUAAAGUAGAGGCAAGUUUGAAAAAUUUAUCAAUUGAAGAAUCUACUUUUGGGGGCACCCGUUUCAAAUCAAAGGCUCAUCUAUCUAAUGACAGUGUGCAACCUACUAGCUGUGAAGGCAAGAAAAUUAAAGGAAUAAAGCUUAAAGGGAGACAAGCAUGUGGAGGGACAUCUCACAGAAUAAAAGGUGCAUUAGAGAGAGCUACAAGAAAGAGAAAACCUCAAACUCAAGGACCCUCCAAUAUUCAACUGCUCACACAGCAGAACUUUUACGGGGCAAAUUUAAAUACACGUGGUUUUACUGAAACGUUGAAUUUGAUACAGGCACAAUUACCGAAAAUAAGAGAGCAAAGAAAUGAUGAAGAUGCCGGAUAA